AUGCCGCCGCUCGUCCCGCCCCAGCCGCCGCUCAAGUGGACGCACACGCCCGAGGAGGUCCUCGCGCUCACCAAGGACACGAUCGCGGCCGACCGCGCGACGCUCGACAAGCUCGCCGCGCUCGCGCCCGAGGACUGCACGUUUGAGUCGGUGCGUCUCGUGACCCUCGCCGAGGCCGAAGCCAGGUUCGACGCGAUCGUCGAGCCGCUCUCCUUCUACCAGAACGUCUCGACCUCGAAGGAGCUCCGCGACGCCUCGAACGAUGCCGAGAUCCUCGUCCGCGACUAUGGCGUCGAGGCGUCCAUGCGCCUCGACGUCUUCCGAUCCAAGCAGGCCGCCGAGGAGAACGUCAAGAAAUCGGGCAAGUCGCUCAGUCCCGAGGAGCAGCGUCUCGUCGACAAGAUGAUCCUGGAGGGCAAGCGCGCCGGUUUGACAUUGCCCGACGCGGACAGGGAGACUCUGACUGCACUCAAAAAAGAGCUUUCUCAGACAUGUCUCGAGUUCAGCAAAAACUUCAACGAGGAGAAGGGCGUUGUGUCUUUCACGCUGGAGGAGCUCCAGGGUGUACCUGAAGAUGUCAUAUCUGGGUUCACCAAGCGCACUGAGGGCGACAAAGAGGUGUACGAUGUCACCUUCAAGACGCCAGACAUCUUCCCACUGUUCAAAUUCGCAGAGAACCCCGAGACUCGGCGCACUGCGUAUGCAAAAUAUGAGAAUCGACUCGCAAUUAACAAGCCCGUUAUGGCCAAGUUCCUCGGGCUGCGCCGUAAGAUCGCGAAGCUUCUUGGUUACCCAACAUGGGCAGACUACAUCACCGAGGUUAAGAUGGUCAAGAAUGCCAAAGGGGUCAAGGAGUUCCUCACUGAUCUCGAGCAAAAGCUUCGGCCAGUUGGUUUGAAGGACCGGGAGAUUUUGCUGGCGCUCAAGAAAGAAGAACACGACGAGAAGGGCAUUCCUUUCGACGGCGAGUUCUAUCUGUGGGACUACCGUUACUACGACCGCAAGUUCAUCGAGAAGAGUCUGAAUCUUGACGACAUGCUUGUCAAGGAGUACUUCCCGGUAACGAAGGUCGUCCCUGCGAUUUUGGACAUUUAUCAAAAUCUGCUCGGCGUGAAGUUUGUUGAGGAAAAGGGCGAGACCUGGCACCCUGAGGUCCAGAUGUUCUCCGUAUGGGAGAAGGAUGCCACAGACGCUACCGGUUUCGUCGGCUACUGCUAUCUCGACCUCUUCCCCCGUGAAUCGAAAUACUCCCACGCAGCCGUUUGGCCUCUCUUAUCUGGGUACGACAAACCAGAUGGCUCACGAAGCUACCCCCUUGCAGCAAUGGUUGCGAACCUGGCCAAGUCCACGCCUUCGAAGCCCGCGCUCAUGCGCCACGACGAUGUUGUGACGUUCUUCCACGAGAUGGGCCACGUCUUCCAUGGCCUGCUGAGCAAGACCAAGUUCGCACGCUUCCACGGGACGAGCGUGGCACGAGACUUUGUCGAGGCCCCUUCACAGAUGCUCGAGAACUGGUGCUUCGAGCCCAAGGUCCUGGAGCUUAUGUCGAGCCACUACGAGACGCAGAAGCCUCUGGACGCGGACCUAAUCGAGAAGAUCAUCAAGAGCCGAUACGUGAACGUUGGACUGUUCUACCUGCGCCAGCUAUUCUUCGCCAACUUCGACCUCAAGGUGCACACCGACCAAGACGCGGAUGAUUACACGGCGCUGUGGAACACCAUGCGCGAGGAAAUCUCGCUUGUCAAGGGCAAGGAGCUCGGUUCGGGCGAGGGCACGUUCAACCACAUCGCUGGCGGCUACGACGCCGGAUAUUACGGCUACACUUACUCGCUGGUAUUCGCGUCGGACAUGUACGCGACCAUCUUCAAGAAGGAUCCGCUCGACCCGGAGCGCGGCCAGCUCUACCGGGACAAGAUCCUCCGUGUAGGUGGCAGUCAGGACGACCUCGACUCCUUGAAGAACUUCCUUGGCCGGCCCCCGAACGCGGACGCGUUCAUCAAGGAACUUUUCGGGAGCCAGACUUCGAGCCUGUGA